AAUAAAGUCAAUUUAACAGACUUGUGGUAUUGAGUAAAGAAUUUGGGCAUGAAAGGAUUAUUUGAAACACGCGUAUGACAAACCAGUGCAACAUCGUAGAGAGUCAAACGCAGCUGUUGCAAAAACUUCGAUUAAGGAAGGAAACUGUUUUAAAACAGGUGGCAUUUAAAUCGUAUAAUUUAAUACAAUAUUAACGCUAUGGCUAAGGUGAUCGCCCAAGAAACGUUCGAUGAAAUUGUGAAAGAAAACAUUGUUGAGUUUUCUAUGUCGGUCAAAGAGGCAAAAGAAGAAACGAUCAAGCAAUUUGAGGCGCAAGGCAUACAUUUGGGUAACAUUAUCAAGGAUCUUAGCAUUGACCCCGAAACCGGCGUUCCUUUGAUCACCAUUAGUGUUCAGGCACUGAAAAAGCUCACCGAGGCGAAAGACUUGGAUCCGGAAAAAAUCUGCCCUCAUCUGGAUGUAGUUAUUGAAGAAUGCAAAAUAAGUGUCCCUCAUCGUGUACUUGCAGCAAAGCUUGGUGCGUACGAUUGUAUUGUUCGCACUCUCGAUACUGAAGAUAACUUAAAUGCAGAAGUUUUACUAAAGCUGUUAGGGGCCGCUAACGCGAUAGUGAACAAACAGCCCGAUGUAUUUACCCACGUGUCUUUGGCCGUUGCAUUGAAACAUUUAAAAUCGGCAACUGAUCCGACGGUUGCAUGUGACUUAUUGAAGUGGCUGCAAAAAGCAUGUAUUCUGCAUGAAACGAACCGCCAAAUGAUCAUGGAAGAGGCCCUUGUCAUUCCGACCUUUAAAACGUACCUUUCCAGACAGGAACCUGAGGUAAUUCGGAAUUUGUGCGCUUUGCUUCGUUAUCUUAUUUUAGACGAUGAUAUACGGGUCGAAUUCGGUAAAGCUCAUGAACAUGCUCGCCAGCUUGCUUCGGCGUCACUUGCGGAUAUCACGCAGCUGCUUACUAAAUUUAAAAGCGAACCAGAAUUGGUCAGUGACCUUAUGUUAACCAUCGCUUCGUUGACGGUUCGUAAUGAGUUCUGCCAAACGGUCGAAGAAGCUGGUGGACUGCAGUUUAUUCUGGAUGCAAUGGUUGAAUUUCCUGAUUCGGUUAAAAUUAUUCGUGAGGCAUGCAAAUUGAUUAAAGCACUAGCUGGAAACGAUGUGGUAAAGCUGCACAUAAUCGAGUGUGGGGCAGCUCCAUUGCUUGAGUCUGCUUUAAAUCGGCACAAAGAUAAUGAACCUUUCGCCAGGCAUGCGUUGGCAUGUAUCUCUACAUUAGCCUUACGAGAAUCCCUGAACAGCAAGGCACUAUUCGAGACUGGCAUAUCAGAGACGAUUAUUCAAACGAUGAAAAUACAUCGCACCAGCAAGAUUAUCCAACGUAACGGCGCCUGGGCUGUGCGCAACAUGGUGUCGAGAUCUCGCGAUCAGUGCGAUACGUUCAUAGCUCAGGGAGUUGAAGAUGUGUUAAAUCAGGCAUUGACGGAUCAUCCCAGCAUUAUUCAUGAUGUAAAGUCUGCCCUCAGGGACUUGGGUUGCAAAGUGCAACUCAAUGAAGAAUGGAAGGCUACGUCGGAAAUACAGAUAAAAAAUGAUUAAAUCGUUCGACCUGAUAGGCAGUUAGAGGCCGAUGGUUUCUUUCAUCAUUACUACUAACUGUUCGUUUUCAUCGAGAAUACUAAUUUUGCUUCUGAAGUUUGCACAGCUUAUA